CGAGUGCCCGCGGUGAACUGCUCCAGCAUCCCUGCGCAGGCAGCGGGGAGGAUGCAGCCAUAAAACACAACCAUCCCAAAACAUGUAACCGUGGAAGCAGGGUUUUUUUUUCCGGCGCUGGGACUCUGCGAUGAGGGACGGAAGACGUGCGGGACUGGAUUUAGUGUUUUUGCGCCUCUGCGGAGCACGGGCCGUUAUAGUGAGAGAAAUAAUGCGGAAUAUUUCCCCCUGUAGGUGUUAACGCAGAAAAUACAAGAUGAAGAAGCAAUUCAAUCGGAUGCGACAGCUCGCCAACCAAACGGUGGGAAGGGCAGAGAAAACAGAGGUGUUAAGUGAGGACCUUCUACAGGUGGAGAAGCGUCUGGAUCUGGUCAAGCAGGUGACACACGGCACUCACAAGAAGCUGACGGCCUGCCUGCAGGGUCAGCAGGGGGCUGAUAUUGAGAAGAGAUCCGUCAAGUCGCCGUCCAAAAAACUGCCGCUCACAAUCCUGGCACAGUGUAUGGUAGAAGGCGCGGCGGUGCUGGGGGACGACUCUCUCCUCGGAAAGAUGCUGAAGCUGUGUGGGGAGACGGAAGAGAAGUUGGCCGAGGAGCUCAUCCAGUUUGAGUUCCAGAUAGAGAGAGAUGUGGUGGAGCCUCUCUACGUGCUCGCCGAGGUGGACAUUCCCAACAUCCAAAAACAGAGGAAGCACUUAGCUAAACUUGUAUUGGACAUGGACUCCUCUAGGACAAGGUUUCAUCAGUCCUCUAAGUCAUCCGGUCACCCGAGCACGCUGCAGCCCGGCGCCAAGUCCGAGUCCCUCAGAGAGGAGAUGGAGGAGGCAGCCAAUCGGAUGGAGAUUUGUAGGGAUCAAUUGUCAGCAGAUAUGUACAGUUUUGUGGCCAAAGAAAUAGACUAUGCAAAUUACUUUCAGACACUGAUAGAAACACAGGCGGAAUAUCAUCGGAAGUCCUUAGAGAUUCUUCAAAGUAUUCUGCCCCAGAUUAAAGCUCACCAAGAAGCGUGGGUGGAGAAGCCGUCGUUUGGCAAGUCUCUGGAGGAACACCUAAAUAUUAGUGGAAGAGAGAUUGCCUUCCCCGUGGAAGCAUGUGUCACAAUGCUGUUAGAGUGUGGCAUGCAAGAGGAGGGCCUCUUCAGAGUGGCUCCGUCCGCUUCCAAGCUGAAGAAGCUGAAAGCAUCCCUGGAUUGUGGAGUUAUGGAUGUGCAGGAGUACUCCUCCGACCCGCACGCCAUCGCAGGGGCUCUAAAAUCAUACCUCCGUGAGCUCCCCGAGCCACUGAUGACCACUGAACUUUAUGAUGAAUGGAUUCAGGCCUCAAACGUUCAAGAUAUGGACAAGAGACUACAAGCAUUAAUGGCAGUGUGUGAUAAACUCCCCACAGACAACUUGAACAAUUUCAGAUAUCUUGUCAAAUUCUUAUCCAAGUUGAGCGACUACCAGGACGCAAACAAGAUGACACCCGGGAAUAUGGCAAUUGUUCUUGGCCCCAACUUGCUUUGGACACACACCGAACCCAACAUGACAGAGAUGAUGACCACCCUGUCACUGCAGAUUGUUGGCAUUAUUGAGCCCAUUAUCCAGCAUGCUGACUGGUUCUUCCCUGGAGACAUUGAAUUCAACUUGACAGGCAGCUACGGCAGCCCGAUCCACACCAACCACAACUCCAACUACAGCUCCAUGCCCUCGCCAGACAUGGACCAAUCCGAGCGCAAGCAGCCGCAUGACCAGAGCCGACGCCCACUGAGCGUCGCCACUGACAACAUGAUGCUGGAGUUUUACAAGAAGGAUGGCAUUAGGAAGAUACAAAGCAUGGGCGUCCGCGUGAUGGAUACCUCCUGGGUGUCUCGUAAGGGUUCGGCCACGCUGGUGCGCAAAACCUCCUCCACACCUCCGGGCAUGCAAGGCCCCGGCUCCCCCGCAGACACUCUCCUCCCGGAGCAAUCCGGAGAGUUUGCAACUUCCCCGUCCACGACCCCGCCGCCUGGAGAAAGGGCCUGUUCGUUGAAGAGCAAAGAGCUCUCGCCUGUCAUUGGACACAAAGCAAUCCAGGUGGCAGGUCCAACUGUCCCCCCCAGCUGUAGUCUUCAUAGCAGUAUCCAGUCCCUCCACUCCACAGAGCACAGUCCACACACCCUGCGCAAAGGCUCCAAGAAGUUGGCCCCUGUGCCUCCCAAGGUCCCUUACAGCCAGUCCUGCGGGAUGUCCGACCAGUCCACAGGUCAGCCGUCACCGGUCAGCCUGUCCCCCACGCCUCCUAGCACCCCGUCCCCUUAUGGACUGGUCUGCCCCCCCGGCCUAGUGCCCCCGUCCUCCCCUGGGCAAACCUCAUUGGGGGCACCCUACUCCCUUUAGUCCCCACCAUCACUAGGCGGAACGCUCACUAAGUCGCGGCCUGCCCUAAGCCCAGGCAGAAGGCCCAGUCUGCCCCCUCCUCAGCCCGCCCACCGCAUCCCCGGGGUUCACUGGCCCGGGCCGUGGUCCCGGGCCCCCAGCCCCUGGAGCAGAGCCUCCUGGAUGGACUCUCUCCCGGGAAGAAGCAUGUCUACAGCUGUGUGAGGCCAGGGAUUCAGUGUGGGCUAAGUGUGAGGGGGACUUUUAGGAUAUCUUCAAUUAUGAAAUCCCCUCCUUCAAUGUCAAUCUGGACAGCCUCAUCGAUGAGUUCAGCGGUGCCCCUUGCAGGAGGUCCGUGGCAGUGACAGACUCUCCGGAGGGGGACGCUGUGCCUGAGGAGGAACCACUGAGCACCACUCUAUGACCUAUGACCCUAAGGCAUCACAGCUUACCAGCACCCCUGUGGCUAUACAUGCUCUUAACUGUCGCCACCAAGGCCUGAUGGAAACACCAUUUGGCCUCACCAAAGCCCACCUGAAACCAGAACGCGAACACAUCUGCCACAGGCUGCAAAGAAACUAAUCUCUUACAAUUGCUCGCUACUACAUACAUGUGACUACAGAAAAAAAACACCAAAAUGCCAUAGUUGAGGAACAGUUGCCUUUAGGAGAAAAGACUGGAAUAUAGAUGAGUAUCACAUUAAGAUGUAUUUAUUUAUUUGUUGUUAGGGUUUUUUCUUUGCCUUUGUUCAUCUUUGCAGUGGUCUGUAUUUCUGUGUUUUCCAGUUUAUUUUUGCCUUAUUAGAAAAUGCAAUCAAAUUGCAAUAUGAUAUUCACACGUUUUGCAACUUUUGGUAAGGGAAACUCAGAGCCUGACAUAGUUAGGAGCCAAGCCCAUCCUCAGGGUGAAACAGAGAUACAGCGAGUAGACUUGUUAUAUUGCUAACAGGGUAUUCGAGCUUUGUGCACAUUAGGAAAAUGCUGGGCCGCGGAGAAAGGUUUUGCAUGCAAGCUGAAACGUUUCAUGAAGUUUACUUCUUAUUGGCACGGCUCAAACUUUACUUUUGCUCUUCUUUCACUUAUCACAACUAUAGUUCUCUAUAAUUUACUGUCAUCCAGGUAAGCUCACUUCAACUCACUUUAUACCAGCACAGUAUGAGAAGAAUGUUACUGACAGAAAAGCACCACGGUGCGUUUGCAUGACAAGCCAAUAUGAACGGACUGCUUUGGAUCAAGGGCCUCCGAAUGACAGGGUUUUAUUUUGUGUGAAUGCUUUUGCUGCUGUUGUCCUCGGAGUAUAUUUAGACCACGCGUGUGCUGUAACAGCUUGAUGGAUGGAUGACUACACUGCCUUUAGGUUCGUAUGAGUCUCUCUCUUAACUUUGUUUCAAGUGCUUCAGGUUCAGUGACCUUUGACCCCUAGUGUAAAUACAUAGACUGUACAGAAAUUGAUGUAUAUAAAUCUAAGAGGAAAAUUAUAUGUAAAAUGCAUAUCUGGAAUAUAUAUAGUAAUAAUAUAUGUGUUGAUAUCUAUCAUGUGUAGAAAAUGUAAUGAUUAAAAAUGUGCUGUUAUUUUUGUCCCUGCACACAAUGAACAGGUUUGCUGUUGAUGUAGUGUUUCACUUUAACACCAGGUAACAAUGGUGAUGCAGCAGAAAUGUGAAAGGUAUUUCUGCCGGAAAACAAUAGUGUUUUUUCUAAUUCUCACUCCCGAGCUUUGACUUCAAACAUGCUGGAGCAAUAAUGAGUUGCACACCCAUGCCCUAUCUUUUUUUCCUUUUUUAAUCAGUAAUUUAAUAGAUUCUUGUGUAGAUGAUUGGAUUGCUGUUAGCCGACUCUGAUCGCUUAAUUAAUUCUUAAUAAGGAUAGAUGGAAUCCGGAACUAUACCGUGGGACUGACUAAAAAUAUACGCUCAAUCAAUUAGAAUGGCAGACAAAUACUAAGAUAGUUGGCACACCUUCAGAAAUGUUAAAUUACUCAGUCCUUUGUUGGUAUUCUCACAGACAAUUAAUCAGAGCUAGUUCACGUUCAUCAGAUAACAGAUCACUUUUUUAAUUCCAUAGAAAAAUGUCCUAGGACUAAUUUUGUCAAUUAAAGUGCAAUUACAGUGUUAACUGAUCCACCUGAAUCCAAAAAGUGGUCAAAGUCACCUUUCCCACGCCUACAGAAAAGAAGCCAUUGAUUUUAUUGCAAAGCAAUUAAUUUAUUCUGUUUGUUUUAUGCGUGAGUUUCCUCUGGCCAAACGGAAUCUACAAUAGUGAUCAAUGGUAUGCCUCUGUGUGCGUUCUCUUUGAAGAUUUUGGUGACGUUGAUAAUUAUAUUGAUAGUUGUGGUGAUUAUAUGACAACAAUUGCAAGUGCCCUCACUCUGGUCGUUACGUUGGAACUAUAAGCAUAAUUAAUGUGUACUAGAGGUUUUAUUUUCUGUGCUGGAUCCAUUCUUUUUAUUUUACAAGGCGGCAGGGGUAUUUUUCUCUGUGCGGACUGAAUGUGACUGACUCAUUUCAAACGAUAGGCUUAUAUCUUAUUUUGUAAUAACCGAUAGGCAAUUGAGAGCUUGUGUUUGGAUGAAAGUUAGCUAGGGCCUGUGGGCAUGUAUUGUUAUAAGUGCAGUGCAGUAUUACUGUAAUGCUUUUGUGCAUCAUAAUUACAGCCACCUAAAAGCAUGCGUUCAUAUUCAUUCUCGGUCGGAUUGUUAUACUUCUGAAAAGAAUAAAACACCUGUACCUUCCCUCAAAACACAAGUCAUAAUUCCAUUGCUGGUUUCUGCCAGUAACUCUACGGCAGUUUUCCAGAGCGUGACAGAAGCCACCUGUUUCACCAAAUGGCGCAACUCCUACAUAGUUGUAUCAAGCAUUUGAAUUUCUGUAGACGUCCAUUUCCUAACUCACCUACACCGUCAUUUGUUCAUGUUUUGUCGGGGGAGGUAUAUGAGAAAAAAGGAAAAAUCUGAAAAAGUCUCAUGCAUGCGCUUGGACAGUCUUUUGAUAAUCCAUGUUUUGUGUCAAUCACAUGUCUUUUUGGGGGGGAUUGUAAGAGGGGUGAAAUGCGGAGAGGGAGAUUGUGGAUCACAAUAAAUGGUCCUCUGUGGGGUUUUGAGCAAUAGGUGUAGAGGAGCGGAUGUUGCCUGUGGACGUACAGCCUCCCUCUGCUUUCACUACAAGUGUACAAACAAAACCUGCCGCUUGUCAAGCCCACCGCGCGCACCCCUUCCUCCUCUGCUUAGCAUAUCAAGUGGAACACAGUGUGUACUGUGAAGCCUACCUGCAAUCCUUAUCAGAAUGUCAGAAAUAAAUAUAUAUAUAAAUACAUAUAUAUAUUAAAGUCUACAUUUUUAAUAAUC